UAAAGAAAUACAAAGAUGGUCGGCUGUGGUCUGCUUACUGCCAAGAAGAACCCAGUUCCUCUGAAGAGCGUGGAGGUGGAGCUGCAGGUGAAGGACCAUGUGGCUACAGUCAUCUCCACUCUGAACUACCAGAACAAGGAGGACAAACCUAUAGAGGCGCUUUUUGUCUUCCCUCUGCCUGGAGAUGCUGCUGUGUGUCAUUUCAGUGCUGACAUUGGACAGACACACAUUGUAGCUGAGCUGAAGGAGAAGCAGCAGGCUCGUGAGGAGUAUGACGAUGCACUGAGCUCAGGGCAGCAGGCCUUCCUGUUGGAGGAGAGUGAGCAGAGUCCUGAUAUCUUCUCUCUGAGUGUGGGCAGUCUGCCUCCAGGGGAGAGCGCCUCCAUCAUGCUGCAGUAUGUCAUUGAGCUGGCUGUGGAGGCUGAUGGGGCGCUGAGGUUCUGUCUGCCUGCUGUGCUCAACCCUCGCUACCACCCUCAAGGUAGUGAAGGUCCUGGAGUCCCGGUCAGCUCAGUUCCAGCCUCUGAGAUUCCCUACAGUCUGUCCUUUUCUGCACGAGUGUCCUCUCCUCGUCCAGUUUCCAAAGUAGAGUCCAGCUGUUCUCUGGAGCCUCUUCACUACCUGAACACUGAUCACACAGAGGCUGCUGUGAAGCUGGCUGCAGGACACAAGUUUGACAGAGAUGUAGAGCUGCUGAUUUAUUACAAAGAUGCUCACCAGCCCUCUGCUGUGGUGGAGGCAGGACAGGACUCUGCUCAGCCUGGCACUCUGAUGGGUGAUCCUGUGGUGAUGGUUAGUCUGUACCCAGAGUUCCCAGAGUCUGUGAUGUCCAAACGCGCCUCAUGUGGAGAGUUUGUGUUCUUGUUGGAUCGAUCUGGAAGCAUGCAGUGUCCGACCAAUAACAGGAACCAGCAAGAGACUCGCAUCAGCAGUGCAAGGGAUACUCUGCUGCUCCUCUUGAAGAGUUUACCAAUGGGCUGCUACUUCAAUAUCUAUGGUUUUGGAUCCAGUUAUGAUCAUAUUUUCCCGCAGAGUGUGGAAUACAGUGAGAAGAGCAUGGAGGAGGCUCUGAAGAAAGUUGAGGUGAUGCAGGCUGAUCUGGGAGGAACAGAGAUUCUUCAGCCCCUCCAACACAUUUACAGUCAGCCCUGCAUCUCCAACCAGCCUAGACAGUUGUUUGUCUUCACUGAUGGAGAGGUGGGGAACACCAAGGAAGUUCUAGAUCUAGUUAGGAAGAAUGCAGGUUCCCACAGGUGUUUCUCUUUUGGGAUUGGAGAAGGAGCCAGCUCUGCUCUCAUCAAUGGGUUGGCUCAGGAGGGCAGAGGUCACGCUCAGUUCAUCACAGGAAGUGACAGGAUGCAGGCAAAAGUGAUGCAGUCUCUGAAAUUUGCACUACAGCUUGUUGUCAAAGACAUCUCUGUCACAUGGGAUUUACCAAAGGGAGUGUCUGCCACUGUCCUCUCUCCACCAAUCACAACAAUUUUCCAGGGUCAGAGGUCACUGGUUUAUGCCCAACUCUGUGGAAAGAGUUCCCAAACAGACUGCAGUGUGACGGUGAAUUACACUCUGGGAGAUCAUCCCUAUGAGAGCAAAAAACUGUUUAACCUGAAUCCUGCAAAGGACACUGGGUUUACAGUCCACAGGUUAGCUGCUCGUAUUUUGAUUCGUUCUCUGGAGUCUGAGGAAAGAAAGAACAGAGGAAAGUCAAAUGAAGACAUGAAGAGGAAGGUGGUGGAGCUCAGUGUCCAAUCAGGAGUGAGCAGUCAUCACACUGCCUUCAUUGCUGUCAACAAAGACAAUGGUGAUGCUGUUCAAGGACCCCUGGUGUGCAGAAAUGUUCCAACCCCUGGUAAAUCCAGUUCCAGGAGGAUGUGUUGUAUGCCUCGGCGCUCUCCUGCUAGAGUGUUUUAUCUAGAAGCCGCUGUGCCUGAGCAGCCCCGCAGAGACCCUCUGCUGCAGCUGGUUUCCCUCCAGAAGGCGUCCGGCUGCUGGCUGCUUGAUACAGCUCUGGCCUCAGUUCUGGGAAAAACAAGUGAGGAGGUGGAGAAGUCAAAGCCUGCAGAGGUCAGCAGUGAGGUGUGGGCCACCAUUCUGGCUCUGAUCUGGCUUCAUGGAUUCAAGAUGGAUGCAAAGGAUGAAUGGGAGCUUCUGGCUGUGAAGGCUGCUUCAUGGGUCCAAGCUCAGAAUGCUCCAUGUGUGAAGGACUGUGUUGAUGCUUCAAAUGCACUGCUGGGUUGCAGAGUGCACAAAGAAGCCCUGGGGCUCUGAAGUAGAAACUGAAGAUUUUAUAUUUUAAACUCAUGUUAUGUUUUGCAACAUCUGCAAUAGUAAUGUUUAUGCAACAGUUUAUAACCUCGUAUAGCUUUCUCAUAUCAUUAUAUAGCCUUUGUUUUGACACAAUGUCUGGGGGGGGGGGGGGGGGCAUUGUAUUGCACAAUUUAAUGUUUGAAGGAUGUAGUUACUAUAGCGGCCAUUAGAGGGCAGGGCUGCUCAAUGAGACCUUUGGAGGCUCUCUUUCAAGGGAGGAAAGCCCGUUUCUUUCUUUCUUUCUUUCUUUCUUUCUUUCUUUCUUUCUUUCUUUCUUUCUUUCUUUCUUUCUUUCUUUCUUUCUUUCUUUCUUUCUUUCUUUUAUUGUUAAACAGAAGGUGUAGCAUUAAAACUAUAUAUGGGUAAUAUGUUAUACUGAAAGUACUGGUUAGAAAGUUUGAUGCUUUAAAAGAGGCUUAAGAUGUGGAGGUUUGUUUUUUGAUUUUUUUUUGUUCCAAGAGAAAAUUGAUCCACUUGAGCGAUCACAUGGCAACACCAUAAUAGCUAAAGUAGCAUUUAAUACUUGUGCUUUUCCAGAUAUUAUGACAGAUUUUUUUUUUGUAAUGUCAAAAGAUUUUUCUGAGGUGUUUUAUUUAUCAUACUAACUAAUAUGGUUAUUAAUGACAUUCUAAAUUGAAGUUAAAAUCAAUGUUAUGUUUUUUGGGGGAAAACAGGGUGGAUACUUUGGGUGAAGUCUGUUGAAAUUGAAUGUUUUUCUAUCACAAAGCAGUUAUUGGGAUUUGAGAAUGUAAGUCUGUAACCGUUAAGUGAAUAAAGACUGAAAUAAAUCAAAGCAGAGAAAUACCA